UGGCGCGCAUGCGCGGCUUGCGUCCUCCCCCGGUCGGAGCAAUAACUGGUGUUCGUCCGAACAGACCGAGCGAUAAACGUUGUUGCGAUAAUUAUAUGCGCAAAUGUGCAAUCGAAAUUGUGAGAGGAGCACAUAACCUACAAUCAUUACGGUGCAUUUUUUCUACGGCUCCGUCUCGAGUUGAUACGAUACGAUAUUUACAUCUGCGUGCGAUAAGACGCUUUCCCCUGCGGAUUGAUAAGGAUCGAACGAACUAAGAAACACGAUGGUGGCACAUACAGUUCUCCUGGACUUCACGGUGUCCAGUAGCGUGAUUGCUGAUAUGGAAAAGCGUUCCAGCUUGAAGUCGGCGAUCGGGAACGUACUGGCGGAACAUUUCAUCGGUCUCAAGCCACUGACAGAGUCUAAUAUCGAUGGCAGUUUGCUCGUUUUGUAUACCGGACCUAGGGGCAGUCUGAUCACUGUCAGAGGAUACACGGAAGGUCUGAUUACGUUAAACAUCGAAUAUUACAAGCAGGAUGACCAGGAAGCACUGUUGACAUUUGAGUUGGCCAAAGAAUUGGGAGCGGCAUUGCAGACAGCAGCAACUGCUACACGGUCGCACACGCUUAUCCCAAUUAAACGCGGUGGACCUUUUGAGAGAUACUUUCCUACCGCCGAUGAACGACUACUGGAAUACGACAUCGAUAAGCUCGUGUUCGAGGCCAGAUCACCGUAUCAGAAGGUACAAAUUGUGCACUCCAAGUCGCUGGGCAAUCUGCUAGUACUCGACGAGCUGCAAAAUAUGUCCGAGGCAGAUCUUAUAUAUACAGAAACAUUGAUGCAGCGUGGCAAAGAGAACUAUGCUGGGAAGGAAAUAGUGAUACUUGGCGGUGGCGAUGGCGGCCUAUUAUGGGAAUUGUUGAAGGAAAAGCCAAAGUUCAUAACAAUGUUGGAAAUAGAUGACAUUGUUAUGAAAGCUUGUAGUCAGCAUAUGCGUAGCAUAUGUGGCGAUUGCCUAGACAAGAGAAAGGGCGAUAAUUAUGAAAUUAUUGUCGGCGAUUGCGUGAAAGCAUUAGCGCAUAUGAUUGAAGAAGGACGACAAUUUGAUUAUGUCUUUGGCGAUUUGACGGAUAUUCCUAUUAGCACAACGCCACACGGUGAUGCCUGGGAUUUUAUUAGAUUAAUUUUAAACUCUUCAAUGAAGGUGUUGAAACCUUCCGGAAAGUACAUGACGCAUGGAAAUGGUGCAUCUUGUCCAGAAUCCUUGAAAAUGUAUGAAGAGGUUCUUUUGCAACUCUGCGUGCCGGUUACAUUCACAAAGGAUCGCGCCUUUGUUCCGUCCUUUUUCGAGGACUGGAUCUUCUAUCAAGUCUCACUAAAAUGAUGGAGCAAAGGAUAUUUGGGCAGAACUUGGAGGGUAAUAAGUUGGCCUCCUCACAAUCGAUUAUCACUUUUAUGACCCAAGCUUUACUUCUUAGUUCUAGCCUUAUUAAUUAAUGAAAUUAGUUCCUGAGCGAGAGAUAAAUCAAACUAUUAUCGAUUAAUUAAUCUUGUUACACAUUAAUUACGCUAUAUUCUCUCUCGUCAGAUUGAGGGUCAAGUGGGAGAAUUUUUAUAACAUUAAAGUAAAACGGCAGCAUUGGAAAAUGAAUUCGAAACAUGUUUAAUAAACAUAUUUAAUAAAAAGCUAAUAGCAGUUUGAACAUUUAUAAA